UGACUCAUAUGUUUAUAUGGAAGCCAAAGCACAGGAAAUUGCACAAGCUAACCUUGACAUCAGCAGGUCCAUGUUACAUGAACGAGGUUACUUCCAAAAAAUUCUAAGAAGAAUACGUCAUGGGACGCUCUUCGUCAUUGGGUAAUGGUUGAAUGACGUCAUCGUACCUCUACAUGAUUUCUACAGUUGAAUGUUUGGCGCUGUGCGGUGACACUUUGGUGCGCAUAUGGAAAUUAACACUAGUUAUUUGGAACGGUGAAGUGAACGAAUCAACCGAUAAAUCGAAUAUGUUUCGAUACAAAUCAACUUAUCUUUAACAAACCUGAAAGGUGCCUUGUAUAUAAUCUAUUGUUCAGGCUUUCCACGUCUCCUUGGAUGGUGUAGGAAAGAAGUGACAAAUAAAAUAUAAUAUGGAAACCAACAGUGAAUCAGACGAAACUGUUUAUUCCACUUCAUCAAUCGUGGAACAAAAAGUUGCCAUUCAAAAAAUUGUGCAGAAAUACGAUGCGUUAAGAAGAUUAAGCGAUUGUCAGGGACAUGAGGAUGGUGAAUCACAGGAAGAUUGCGAAUUAACAGAAAAGGAUAUUGUGCAAGUGGAGGUAUUUUUUAGGAGUCACAAAACCUACGUUUACGUGUGCCAAUGUUUAGCUAAUCUAUAUUUUUGUAAUGCGGAUGGUGGUGAGAAGAGAACCGAGUGGCAGUUGGCUAGGACAGGAAUACCAGUCCUUUUGUUGGAUAAAGGUGAAACGCGUGCCAGGACAAAAAGAAUGGUUCAGAUAGUUCUGGCCGAAAAGGGUUCCGGUUUUGUAUUAUGGAGAGAUAUCAUCGAUAAUCUCUCCAAUUACAGGUCAGAGGAUACUACCUUCCACACAAUGUAUCUAUCUACGGAUCACAGGAAAAUGGCGGGUUUCAGUUUCGAUAAUCUUCCAGCUGCGGUCGAGUUCUAUGAUCAAGUGGACCAAUUAGUAUCAGAUCCUUUGAACAUUUCGCUAUCAAUGCCGAAGAAAAAAGCCGUCAAGAAAAAACAAGAGAGGAUUAAGUUGCCUAGAAAAUGUGACAUAUCUCAACCAUGUUGUUUCCAGCACAUAACUAAUGUAGAUUUAGGCGACAAAGAAAAAUUAUAUACCAUGGCUACUCUUGUGCCUAGUAACCUCGAGCAAAGUGCUUUAUGAACGCCGAAAUAAAAUUGUGAUAUUGCUUUUUAUCGGAUUCAAUUAGGAUUAAACAGUAUAUAAAUACACUAUACUGAUUUAUGGAAAAAAACUUAUUAUUUGUUCCCCUUUACAUUGACUGUGAUGAUGAUAAAAAUAUAUAUAUAGAAAGAUAUUUUUUAAAAGUUUAUAUGUGAGCUGUGAACGUUGCGGUGACUGGGGAAACAGAUGAGCNAC